UGCGAGAAGAGAUUAUCAUAGACAGCAAGGCGACGCUGAAGUUGAUGGAUGGGCUGAUGACAUUGUGUGCAUACAACAACAUUAAACUUGGCUCUCCAUUGUGAACCUCAUCAGCACGGGCAGACUCUCGUGAGCCAAUCCAAACAAGAAGAAGAAGCUCUCUGCUGACUCAUUAUAGGCCACCACCAACCAGACGAGACCCCCAUAUAAGUGGAGUAGUCCCAAAAAGACUAAAGAUACAUUUCGUCCAGCAGCUUCAUUUGUAUCCGGGCGUCCACAAGAAAUUGUUGUGCAACCAUUUACUCGCAGCUCUGUGAGGGUCCCUUUUCUUAUUUGUUACUACUAGGCCGCCCAAAAAACGGGAAUUAAAAAAAAAAAUGAAUCGAACGGAAUCGAACGGCAGUUGCGCAGUGUGUCGUGCGGAAGCCUCGCAAAUCUGCGGCGGAUGCGGUGAAAUUUCCUACUGCUCAAAAAAUCACCAAAAAGAACAUUGGCUAGUCCACAAGAGUCUCUGCAAGCCCUACAAGAUUGUUCACGACGAGAAAUUCGGACGCUGCAUCUUUGCGAGUAAAAACCUCAAGCCCGGAGAAAUUAUUUUUGGAGAAACGGCUGUUAUCACUGGACCCAAACAGGGCUGCAUACCCUGUUGUCUCAAGUGCUAUGCCAGUCUGGAUCGUGUACAAGAGGCCAGCCUCUUUCGCUGCCCCAAUUGCAAUUUCCCAUUUUGCCAGGAGCAAUGCGCAAAGAGCCCUGAACACAAAGCUGAAUGUUUAGUUCUAAGUCGAGCUAAAUCCUGCAUUGUAAUCAAUGAUGUCCAUCAAAUGCAUCCGGUCUAUCAAUGUAUUACUCCGCUCAGAGGACUUUUACUGAAAACUACGCAGCCCAAAUUAUUCAACGAAUAUAAAAUGUUGGAGAAUCACAACGACUUGCGACGACAGUCGGACAUGUGGAGAAUUUACCAAGUGAACGUUGUUCAAUUUCUCCGCAAAAUUUGCGGAUUGGCGGAUGAAUUUAGCGAGGAGGAAAUUCACGCUUCCUGCGGCGUCAUAGACGUCAACGCGUUUGAAAUUCGACUUGCCGGGAAUCAAUAUCAACAAGUGUUGGGUGUGUUCCCCCUGGCGUCCAUGAUGUCACACAACUGCGUAGCCAAUACCCAGCACGUCAUCGAUGCCAAUUACAAGAUGACCGUUCGAGCCUCAGUUCCAAUCAUGAAAGGUGAACAAAUAUUCACCAGCUACACUUUACCCCUGGAAGGGACUAAAGAGCGAAGGGCCGUGUUACGUCACAGCAAAUUAUUCGAAUGCGAUUGUUCCCGGUGCUCGGAUCCGACUGAAUGUUCGACUUAUUUAUCGGCCCUCCGUUGCCCAAACUGUUCGAAUGGCGUCGUGUUACCUGAACGACCGCUGGACGAGCCAGAAACGGACUGGAAAUGCUCCCAAUGUCCUUACAGUUUAACGGCAGCUGUCGUGACACAAGUGAUUGACAAACUCAAAGAAGAAUUCGAAACCAUCGAACCCGAUCAAGUGGAAAAAUUGGAAGAUUUCCUCAGUCGACACGCCUCGCUACUCCAUCCCAAUCAUUUCCUGUUGACCAGAGCCAGGCAAUCGCUGAGCACUUUGUACGGGAGAAACGAACGAUUUCUACUCAACACUAUGACGUCACAACAGCUGGAACGGAAAGUUGACAUCUGCCGGCGAUUACUGUCUGUCGCCGAUAUCGUCGAGCCCGGCCUCACUCGAAUACGUGGAGUGACGAUGUACGAAAUGUACGCCCCGUUGUUGCUGCUGGCCCAAAGGUCGUUUGAAGAAAGUCAAUGUAAAAUUUUAUCCCAUUUCAAGAAACAAAUCGAAAUCGUUCGAGACAUUUUAUCAGAGUCGAUCGAAAUCCUUUCACUGCAAGAUCCUGCUUCGACAGGAGGAAUUGUGAGUGCUGUUGAAGCCAUGGAGCAAAUCCAACGUUGGAUAUCGACCAUGUGACACACUAUAGUUGAAAUACACUUUUGCUCUCCAAA